AGAGGGAGCAGGCAGGAACUGGGGGCUCCCAGCAGGAUGAGAGAGAGCAGGCAGAGAUGGGGGGUGCCCAGCAGGUUGUGGAGGAGGAAGAGGAGGGGGGCACUGGUCCAGUCCAGCAAGGUGAGGAAGGAGAGGGGGAGGCGGUCACAGGCCAGCAGGGUGAGGGUGAGGAGGUAGAAGAGGAGGAGGGGAGAGAGGAGGGAGGGGCUGGUGUAGACCAAGAAGAUGAGGAGGAGAGGAGAGACGAGGGAGAAACGGUCACAGGACAGCAGGGUGAGGAAGAGAGGAGAGAAGAGGGUGGGGCUGAGGUGGCCCAGGAAGGUGAAGAGGAGGACAAGGCGGAGUCAGAGGAAGAGAGGGAGACAGUCGUCAGGGAGGUGAGGCUGUCAGACAGUGAGGUGGACAUGGAGGCGGAGGAGGAGAGCCUCAGAGUCCCCCGUUUAAAGAGGAAGUGUGGAGGAGGUGAUGGAGAGAACCCACAGGCAAAGAAGGCGACGGCGGGAAGAAGGAGGUCCAGGCCAAGGGGGGCGGAGCCAGAGUCCAGCUCGGAGGAAGACUCCUACGAAGAUCCACACUACAGUGUGGAGGAGAUAAAGGAGUUCCUCCGGAAGACCAAGCAGGAGUGGCACGUGAAGGUGGAGGACCACUUCUGCAGGGAUAAGUUCUACCUGUCCGCCACUUUCCUGACGAUGAGGGCGAGAGAGGAGCCUUCACGCCACAGGAGUUCUACAGGCUCAAGAAGAUCCUGUGUGAACUCAACAAGGUGCUGCAGGUGGUGGACGAUGAGAGGAGGGCGAGAGGAGAGAUCGAAUGAAGAGGAGGAGCCAGAGCCUCUGGGAGGAGCUUCAGCCUCAAGACGGAGGGCAGGAGGCACUUCCUGUCCUCAGUGGACUUUAGUUUAGUGUCCAACACGAGCAUCAUGGACGUUCUCUGUUUUUUCAGGAUUGGUGCUGUAUUUAUGUUUUGUGUGUUGGAAAUAAUUUGGUUUAUUGUGGUUCGAAGUUUUCUUUGAAUAAAGGUUUUCA